AUGACACUUUCUGUUCAGUCCCAGAAAUCCUGGAUUGAAGGAGUAUUCGAAAAGAGAGAAUGUAAUAAAAUCAUACCCAGCUCAAAAGACCCUCACAGAUGUACUUCAGGAUGCCAGGUCUGCCAGAAUUUAAUCAGGUGUUACUGUGGCCGAUUGACUGGAGAGCAUCAUGGUAUAGAUUAUGCCUGGACCAUCUCAGCGGCUGAGGAUAAUAAAAAUGAACAAUGGUCUGUUGAAAAGCACACAAAGAAAAGCCCUACGGAUACCUUUGGCACUAUUAAUUUCCAAGAUGGAGAACACACCCACCACUCCAAGUAUAUUAGAACUUCUUACGAUACAAAAUCGGAUCAUCUGUUACAUUUAAUGUUGAAAGAGUGGAAGAUGGAACUGCCAAAGCUGGUAAUCUCUGUCCACGGGGGCAUCCAGAACUUUAAGAUGCCCUCCAAACUUAAGGAGGUCUUCAGCCAAGGUUUGGUCAAAGCUGCGGAGACGACAGGAGCGUGGAUAAUCACCGAAGGCAUCAAUACUGGAGUGUCCAAGCGUGUUGGGGAUGCCCUGAAAGCCCAUUCCUCUCAGUCCUUGAGAAAAAUCUGGACAGUUGGAAUCCCUCCUUGGGGUGUCAUUGAGAACCAAAGAGAUCUUAUUGGAAAAGAUGUGGUGCGCCUGUACCAGACUCUGAGUAACCCCCUCAGCAAGCUCACCACACUCAACUGCAUGCACUCACACUUCAUCCUGUCUGAUGAUGGGACCGUGGGCAAGUAUGGAAAUGAAAUGAAGCUCAGGAGGAACUUGGAGAAGUACCUCUCUCUGCAGAAGAUACACAGCCGCUCAAGACAAGGUGUGCCCGUGGUGGGGCUGGUGGUGGAAGGAGGUCCCAAUGUCAUCCUCUCAGUGUGGGAGACUGUCAAGGAUAAAGACCUGGUGGUGGUGUGUGACGGCACAGGCAGAGCUGCCGACCUCCUGGCCUUCACCCACAAACACUUAGCAGAUGAAGGGAUGCUGCGUCCUCAGGUGAAAGAAGAGAUCAUUUGCAUGAUUCAGAACACUUUCAACUUUAGUCUGAAACAGUCCAAACACCUUUUCCAAAUUCUAAUGAAAUGUAUGGUGCACAGGGAUUGUAUUACCAUAUUUGAUGCUGAUUCUGAAGAGCAGCAGGACCUUGACUUAGUAAUCCUAACAGCUUUGCUAAAGGGCACAGAUUUAUCAGCAUCAGAACAAUUAUAUCUGGCAAUGGCUUGGGACAGAAUAGAUAUUGCCAAGAAACAUAUUCUAAUUUAUGGACAACAUUGGCAGCCUGAUGCACUGGAACAAGCAAUGUUAGAUGCUUUAGUGAUGGAUCGGGUGGAUUUUGUGAAACUAUUAAUAGAAUACGGAGUGAACCUCCAUCGCUUUCUUACCAUCCCCCGGCUGGAAGAGCUCUAUAAUACAAAACAAGGACCUACUAAUAUGCUCUUGCAUCAUCUUGUCCAAGAUGUUAAACAGCAUACCCUUCUCUCAGGCUACAGAAUAACACUGAUUGACAUUGGACUGGUAAUAGAAUACCUCAUUGGUAGAGCAUAUCGCAGCAGCUACACUAGAAAAAAUUUCAGAGUCCUCUACAACAACCUCUACAGAAAACAUAAGCAUCCCCUUCACCGGAGACGCCCCUCAGGAAACAGAAAUGAGUCUGUAGAAAGCACGCUGCAUUCCCAGUUCAUUAGAACUGCCCAGCCAUGCAAAUACAAGGAAAAGUCUGCAGUCCAUAAAUCAACGAAGAAGUCAAAGGAAGCACAAAAUGUAUCAGAUAACCCCGACUCUACUGACUUCAUUUACCCUUACAAUGAGCUGCUGGUUUGGGCUGUGCUAAUGAAAAGGCAGAAGAUGGCCAUGUUCUUCUGGCAGCGUGGAGAGGAGGCCACGGUGAAGGCGGUGAUUGCUUGUAUCCUCUACCAGGCGAUGGCCCAAGAAGCUAAGGAAAGCAACAUGGUGGAUGAUGCGUCAGAAGAGUUGAAAAACUAUUCAAAACAGUUUGGCCAGCUCGCCCUGGACGUGUUGGAGAAGGCAUUCAAGCAGAAUGAGCGGAUGGCCAUGAAGCUGUUGACCUAUGAACUCAAGAACUGGAGCAACUCUACGUGUUUGAAGCUGGCUGUGUCGGGAGGCUUGCGACCCAUUGUCUCACACACUUGUACCCAAGUGCUACUGACGGACAUGUGGAUGGGGCGCCUGAAAAUGAGGAAACACUCUUGGUUAAAGAUCAUCAUAAGUAUUCUUUUACCACCUACCAUUCUGACUUUGGAAUUUAAAAGCAAAGCUGAGAUGUCCCAUGUUCCCCAGUCCCAGGACUUCCAGUUUACGUGGUAUAACAGUGACCAGAACCCCAGCAAUUCCAAAGAAAGUGCCUGUAUGAAAGACUGGGAUUUGGAAAGGGGCCCUGAUGAGAAGCUGGAUGAAAAUCAGCACUUUGAUUUAGAUUGUGGGUCCCAAAGCCUUCCAUGGACCAGGAAAGUCUAUGAGUUCUACAGAGCUCCGAUUGUCAAAUUUUGGUUUUAUACGAUGGCAUAUUUGGCAUUCCUCAUGCUGUUCACUUACACCGUGUUGGUGGAGAUGCAGCCCUGGCCCAGCGUGCAGGAGUGGCUUGUGAUCAUUUACAUCUUCACCAAUGCUGCCGAGGAAGUCAGGGAGAUCUGUAUUUCAGAACCUGGGAAGUUCACUCAGAAGGUGAAGGUGUGGGUCAGUGAGUACUGGAACUUCAUGGAAACCGUGGCGAUUGGCCUGUUUUCAGUUGGUUUCGGCCUUCGGUGGGGUGACCCUCCUUUUCACACAGUGGGAAGACUAAUCUACUGCAUAGACAUCAUAUUCUGGUACUCACGGCUCCUGGACUUCUUUGCUGUGAAUCAACAUGCAGGUCCCUAUGUGACCAUGAUUGCAAAAAUGGCAGCAAACAUGUUCUACAUUGUGAUCAUGAUGGCCAUUGUCCUGCUGAGCUUUGGAGUGGCGCGCAAGGCUAUCCUUUCACCAAAUGAGCCGCCGUCUUGGAGCCUUGCUCGAGAUAUUGUGUUUGAGCCAUACUGGAUGAUAUAUGGAGAGGUCUAUGCUGCAGAAAUAGAUGUUUGUGAAAGCCAGACAUCUUGCCCUCCUGGUUCUUUUCUGACUCCAUUUCUGCAAGCUGUUUACCUCUUCGUGCAAUAUAUCAUCAUGGUGAAUCUAUUGAUCGCUUUCUUCAACAACGUUUACAUGGAUAUGAAAUCCAUUUCAAACAAACUGUGGAAAUACAAUCGCUAUCGCUACAUCAUGACCUUCCACGAAAAGCCUUGGCUGCCCCCACCUUUUAUUCUGCUGAACCACCUGGGCCUCCUUCUCCGCCGGCUCUGUCACCAUCGAGCUCCAAAUGACCAGGAAGAGGGAGAUGUUGGAUUAAAACUCUACCUGAGUAAGGAGGAUCUGAAAAAACUUCAUGAUUUCGAAGAGCAGUGUGUGGAAAAAUACUUCCACGAGAAGAUGGAAAGUCUGAAUUGUAGUUGUGAGGAAAGAAUCCGAGUGACAUCAGAAAGGGUUACAGAGAUGUACUUCCAGCUGAAAGAAAUGAAUGAAAAAGUGUCUUUUAUAAAGGACUCCUUACUGUCUUUGGACAGCCAGGUGGGACACCUGCAGGACCUCUCUGCUCUGACUGUGGAUACCCUAAAAGUUCUUUCUGCUGUGGACACCUUGCAAGACGAUGAGGCUCUCCUGGCCAACAGAAAGCGUUCUGCUUGCAUAAAACUUCCUCACAGCUGGAACAAUGUCAUCUGUGCACAGGUUCUAGGCAGCAUGGAGAUCUCUGGGGAGAAGAAGUACCAGUAUUACAGCAUGCCUUCUUCUUUGCUGCAGAGCCUGGCUAGAGUCCAGCAUCCCCCAAGUGUGCAGAGGGGGGCGCUUCUUGAGAUUACAGACAGUCAGAGACAGGCUUCAAACCUAAGAGAUAAAGGUCAAGAAUCGGUAAAUAGUAUAGUUGCUUCUGGUGUGUCCCCUAACAGAAAAGCACCCUCAAAGACUGGCCAAUUUCUCCUGGUCCCUUCUCAUCUAAAACAAGUUCCUUUUCCUGAAGAAGCUGUCUUGCCUCUGUCCAGACCAUCUGUAGGAACAGGUACAGAUGUGCUGGCAAUGGAACAGGUUCCUCAGAGUGAGUUCUCUGUCCAUCUGUCUUGGCAGAUCCCCAUUGUUUCAGACCAGGCAUCCGUGGCUGAACCCAAGGAGCAAUACGGGCCAAUGGCUGAGAUACCAGACAAAAAAGACAAUGUGGAGCAAGUUCUACACACUUGGGGUUGCACACCUGCACCCAUGACAGUGACCUCCCUUCCUUCCCAAGCCAAGAGCAUGCAGACUGGAGGUGGAUAUGUGAACUGGGCAUUUUCAGAAGGCGAUGAAACUGAUGUAUGUAGCAUCAAGAAAAAAUGGCGGACCUGCUUGCCCUCUACUUGUAACAGUGACUCCACGCAGAGUGAACAAUGCCGGACGCAGAUUCAGGGCAGAUCCCUGUCUGAUAACUCAACAAGUUUGACCCAGAGUAGUGAGUGCUCAGAGCUGGGACCGUGGCAUUGGCCAAACAUGCCUUUUUGGAUCAAUCCUCUCCGGAGAAAGAGGUCCUUCAGUAGGAGUCAUAGUUUUAGAUUCCACAAGGAGGAGAAAUUGAUGAAGAUCUAUAAGAUUAAAAAUCUUUCAAGAUCCUCAGAGAUAGCAGAGUCAGCAUGGGACAAAGCAAAAAUGCUAACCAAGGACAGGAGAUCGUCAAAGAAAAACAAGAAAAAACAAGAACUUCAGGUGCCGGUCAUAACAGUCAAUGGCUGCACUCAAAGUGACCAAUUGAAUUCAGAUACAGGAGAAAACAACACCUCAGAAAAAGAGGACUGCAGCAAGAACUGGCUCACAGUGUCCAAAAACAGUCAGAUGAGUCCAGAACCUUAUAUCUACCAGAAAAUGAAAACUAAUGAAAUUGAACAACGUGCUGUGCAAAUCAGUGACUACUUAAAGAAGUCUCAAGAGGAUCUCAGUGGAAACUCUUUAUGGAAUUCCAGGAGGAACAACCUCAGUAGGACCUUCUUGUUGAGAAAUUCAAAUGGAGUUGACAAGAUCUCAGCCUCCUUAAAAAGCCCUCAAGAGCCUCACCAUCAUUAUUCAGGUAGGAUGCAUGUGCACAGAGACAUGUCAGCCAAGCUAAAUGUCUGUGAUUCUGCAUUUGAAAUUCAACAACAAAGAGCUGCUCAAAAACUGAUCUAUACCUUCAACCAAGUGAAACCACAAACCAUUCCCUACACGCCAAGGUUCUUGGAAGUUUUUUUAAUCUACUGCCAUUCUGCCAACCAAUGGUUGACCAUUGAGAAGUUUAUGACGGGGGAGUUCCGGAAGUACAACAACAAUAAUGGUGAUGAAAUCACCCCCAGCAACACCCUGGAGGAGCUGAUGUUGGCUUUCUCUCACUGGACCUAUGAGUAUACUCGGGGAGAGCUGCUGGUUUUAGAUUUGCAAGGUGUUGGAGAAAACUUGACAGAUCCAUCUGUUAUAAAACCUGAAGACAAACAAUCAAGAGGAAUGGUGUUUGGACCAGCCAAUUUAGGGGAAGAUGCAAUUAGAAACUUCAUUGCAAAACAUCGUUGCAACUCCUGCUGCCGGAAGCUCAAACUCCUGGAUUUAAAAAGAAAUGACUACUCUCCGGCAAGGAUAAAUUCCACCUUUGGACUUGAGGUCAAAAUAGAACCAGCCGAGGCACCUCCAGCCGGGGAAGGGGGUAGAAAUUCCCCAGAUCAUACCCGACUGUGA